AUGCCCCCCUGCAAUGCACCCCUACACACACAGCAGCUGCAAUAUAAGCCCAUUUCCACUUGUUUGCUGUUCUCUGGGAAAGGAAAGCAACUGGUCAUUGCCUUCUUCAGGAGAGCCCUCAUCACAAACGUCCCAGCUGAGAGACUGCCCAAGGACUCCAAGGGCAAACAGCAUGUCCUUGUCCAAGCUGAGUUUCCGGAUGCUCCCCUGGAGCGGGUGCUGCUUCUGUCCUUCAACUCUGGCUACAUCUUCACUCAAACGGACAAGACCCUCUAUGCUCCUGGGAACACAGUUCGGUUUCGACUCUUCUCGUUGGCCAACUCCUUGGACCCGAGCCCCACGCCAGUUGCUACGGAGAUCAUGAAUCCAGAUGGGAUUGUCGUGGAGAAGUUUCACAUGAUCUCGGUGAACCACAGCGGGAUUAUCCCAGGGAAUUACAAGCUUCCUGAUAUCACCAACCUAGGAACCUGGAAGAUCGUUUCUGCUUUCCAGCAUACACCACAGAAGACCUUCACAACCGAGUUUGAAGUCAAGGAAUACGUGAUGCCCAGUUUUGAAGUGCAGGUGGAACCUGAACAGAAUUUCUUCUUUGUGGACGAUGAAGAGUUAACCGUGGACAUCUCAGCCAGGUUCCUGUAUGGGAAGCCGGUGGAGGGCCAGGCCUUUGUUCUCUUUGGGCUGAUGAAAAAGGAGGAAAAGAAGAGCCUCCCCAGCUCCCUGCAGAAAGUGCCGGUACUGGGUGGCAAAGGAAAGGCCACCCUGACUCAAGCCAUGCUCCAGAGCCGGUUUCCUGAACGCCGGAAGACCCUAGAGUAUUCCAUCUAUGUGUCUGUGACUGUUCUGACAGACACUGGGAAUGACAUGGUGGAGGUGGAGAAGACUGGAAUCCCCAUCGUCAAUUCCCGCUACAAAAUCUUCUUCUCAAAGGCAUCAAAGUACUUCAAGCCAGGCCUGCCCUACAACCUGAGGCUUUCCGUGUCAGAUCCUGAUGGUUCUCCGGCAGCUGGAGUUCCCGUAUCUACCGAUGCUCCCUGGGCACUCUCUGGCGUGACACAGGCUGAUGGGACACUGGAGUUAGUCAUCAACACCCCAGCCCACGACAGUUCCUUGGAGCUGAGGGUCAGGACCACCGCACCGCACGUCCCAGCCCACCGCCAGGAUUCGGCCUUCUGGAAAGUCCUUGCCUACCAGCCCCAGGGCUCUUCCAAAAACUACCUCCACCUGUCAGUGCCCAGCGGGCAAGCCCAGCCUGGAAAGCCCCUGAAAGUCAACUUCCACCUACAAAGCAACAAUGCAGAUGUCCAGAGAUCGGUCGACUACUUCACCUAUUUGGUCGUGAAUAAGGGGAGGAUUGUGAAAGCCGGGCGACAGCCUCGUUUGGUUGGCCAGGGAUUAGUGAACUUGGUACUGCCCAUCACUUCAACCCUUAUCCCCUCCUUCCGCCUGGUGGCCUAUUACCGGGUGCCCGGGACUGGUGAGAUCGUGGCAGACUCUCUCUGGGUGGACUUGGCGGAUACCUGCAUGGGCACGCUACGGGUCACGGAGGCCACCCCCGGGGCUGGCAGGGUGCACCGCCCUGGUGAGCACAGUAAAAUCAAGGUUCAGGGAGACCCUGGAGCCUCUGUGGGUCUGGUGGCUGUGGACAAGGCUUUGUACACCCUCAGCAAGAAGAAACCACUGUCCCAGGCCAAGAUCUGGAAUGCCGUGGAGAAGAGUGAUCUGGGCUGUGGCUGGGGCGGGGGUGCCAACAGCAGAAGCGUGUUUGUCGAGGCCGGUCUGGGUCUGCAAACCCACUCUGGAGCCUGGAACCACGAGAGAGCAUUUGAGCCACUGAAGAGCAAAAGUUGGCAUCGAUUUCUACUGCCCAAGCUUCCUCAGGAUCACUUGCUAACCUCCAUGCCAGAGACACACUGCUCUCCAACUGGCCAGCGGCGUCGCCGCCGCUCUCCCCUCCUCUCCCAGGAAAAAGCAGCCAAGGCCCAGGAGUACCAAGACCAGCAGCUGAGACGGUGCUGUGAGGAUGGGAUGCAGGAGAACCCCAUGGGCUACUCCUGUGCUCGACGGUCCCGCUAUAUCCUGGAGGGCCAGGCCUGCGUGACCGCCUUCCUGGCUUGCUGCCACCACAUCUUUGGGGAAGUCCUGAUGCCCGAAAACACUCAGCUCCUCAGUACCAUCAGCCUCUCCAAGUUCAUGGAGUUCAGCAGCUUCGAAAAGAUCAAUUUACAGUUUCACGCAGAAACCACUGAGCUUCUGGUCUUGAGGGAAGAAGUGAAAGAGGAAGAAGAGGACGAGGAAGACGAGGAAGACGAGGAAUUUUUUCCAUACGAGAAUAUCGUUUCCAGGAGUCAGUUUCCUGAGAGCUGGCUGUGGAAAAUGGAGACGCUGCCCCUGGAGGUGGAUCGGGAAGGAUUGGCCUCCAAAAUGGUAGACUUGUACCUGAAGGACUCUAUCACCACCUGGGAGGUGCUGGCUGUGAGCCUGGCCCAGGAGAGAGGGCUCUGUGUGGCGGCUCCCUACGACAUAACCGUGAUGCAGGACAUUUUCAUCGACCUACGGCUGCCCUAUUCGGUAGUGAGGAAUGAGCAAGUGGCUGUCCGGGCUGUGCUAUACAACUAUGCUUCCCAGGACAUCCAGGUCCGGGUGGAGCUGAUGCACAACCCCAAGCUCUGCAGCGCCAGCAGCCCCACCAGACCCUUCCAGCAGGAGGUCACGGUUCCAGCCGGCAAAUCCCACGCCAUCAACUAUGUGCUGAUACCGUUAGAGCUGGGAGAGGCAGAGGUGGAAGUCAAGGCAGCUGUGCGGGGCUUCCCUGUGGGUGAUGGGGUCAGAAAGCCGCUGAGAGUGGUGCCAGAAGGGGUGAGAAUCUUCAAAACCAUCAAGAAUCUCAUCCUUGACCCCAGAAACAAGUCCGGGAGCACAUCGGGACAACAACUGGAGAGAGUUGAGCCUCUGGAUCUCAGUGAUGUCGUCCCCAACACCGAGCCGGUGACCUUCAUCAGCAUCAAGGGAGACCCCCUAGCAGACACCGUGGAGAAUUCCAUCGAUGGCGCCAACCUAAAGCACCUGAUCCGAGUGCCUUCGGGCUGUGGGGAGCAGAACAUGAUUGGCAUGACGCCCUCUGUCAUUGCUACCCACUACUUGGAUGCCACAGGGCAGUGGGAUAGGAUUGGUGUGGAGCGGCGGGCAGAGGCGAUCCGGCUCAUCAAACAGGGAUACACCCAGCAGAUGGUUUAUCGCAAAGCAGAUGAUUCCUAUGCUGCCUUCACCAACAGGCCUGCCAGCACCUGGCUGACUGCCUACGUGGUGAAGGUCUUUGCUACGGCCCAUUCUCUGGUUUCCAUCAACCCAGAGGUCCUCUGCGGGGCCGUCAAAUGGCUGAUCCUGGAGAAGCAGAAGCCGGACGGGAAGUUCCAAGAGGAUGCGCCCGUCAUCCAUGGGGAGAUGGUGGGAGGGACCCGUGGCUCGGACCCCGAGGCCUCCCUCACAGCCUUUGUCCUCAUCGCCCUCGUCGAGGCCAAGGAUAUCUGCGGCCAGUAUGUGGGGAGCCUGGACAGGAGCAUCGAGAAAUCGGGGAGUUUUCUGAGAAGCCGUCUGGGUAAACUGAGCAAGGCCUACUCUGUGGCCAUCACGUCCUAUGCUCUGGCCCUUCAGGAUCCCACCACCGAGGCCACGCUACUAUUGGCGCACUCACAGGGUGGCACUCACUGGCCUGAUCCCCAGUCAGACCUGUACACCCUGGAGGCCACAGCCUAUGCCCUUCUGGCCCUGCUUAAGAUGGGGCACUGGAAGCUGGCCACCCCCAUCGCCCAGUGGCUGGUGGAGCAGCAGUACUACGGAGGGGGCUAUGGCUCGACCCAGGCUACCAUCAUGGUGUUCCAAGCCCUGGCCCAGUACAAGCUGACCACCCCUCAGGCCCAGGACAUGACCUUGGAUAUCACCCUGAACCUUCUGGGCCGUAGCCAGGCCACCCAUUGGAGGAUUCACUCUGAUGACUCCAUGUUGGCGCGGACAGAGCAGACCAGACUCAAUAACGGCUUCACCGUGACGGCCACGGGGACAGGCAGGGCUACCCUGUCGGUGAUGACUGUGUAUUACCAGCCACUGUCGGACGCCACGGCCCCCUGCAAGAACUUUGACUUAAGGGUCUCCGUGAGGAAUGCGCCCGAGGCGAAGAGGCCGGAGGGCUCCCUGGGCUCUGUGGACAUUGAGAUCUGCAUGAGGUAUCUAGGGGACGAUGAUGCCACCAUGACCAUCCUGGACGUCUCCAUGCUGACGGGCUUCUCUCCGGACACAGGCGACCUUGAGAAGCUGAGCAACCAGGUGGACCGCUACAUCUCUCAGUUCGAGCUGGACACCGCUCUGUCCGAGCGGGGCUCUCUCAUUAUCUAUCUGGACAAGGUGUCCAGGACCGAGGAAGAGUGUCUCAAGUUCAAGGCUCACCAACAGUUCCAGGUGGGGCUAAUCCAGCCUGCAUCCGUGACCAUCUAUGAGUACUACGCCCCAGAAAACCGCUGUACCAGAUUCUACCACCCGACCAAGGCUGGGGGUCUCCUCAGCACCCUCUGCCAGGAUGCUACCUGCCGUUGCAUGGAAGAGCAGUGCACCCUAAUGAAGAAAUAUGAGAGACAUGUGACUGUGACUGAGAGGGUGGAGGCUGCCUGUGAAGGUGGCAUGGACUAUGUGUUCAAAGCAGAGUUGCUGGAAGUGCAGCGAAGUGGCAUGUACAACUUUUACACCAUGAGGGUCCUGGAGGUGAUCAAGGAAGGGAGCGAGGCCGGACUGCAGGGAAAGAGUCGUCGGUUUGUCAGUCCCAUCGCCUGCCAGGAGUCCCUGGGACUAGUGAUACAUCAAACCUACCUGAUCUGGGGGCAGGGCCAGGACUUGUGGAACCUGAAACCUGAAAUGGCGUAUCUGUUGGGGAGCAAGACUUGGAUCGAGUGGUGGCCCCACCCUGACGAAUGCGGAGCAGGGGGCCGGCCCGCCACGGCCCAGACUGGGAAGCCGGAGCCAAACCCAAGCACCCGCUGCUCUGACCUGCAGGCCUUUGCCAUACACAUGCAGACCCAGGGCUGCCCCCAGUAACGGGGCUGGAAGGAGGGCAGCCACUGUCUACUGCCCACGCACUCUGUGGCACGUGGAACGGAAAAGCCUGUGUUCCCAGACACUGUCUAGAGGGAGGAGGUGAAUUUUGCCCACUCCAGGGGCAGAUGCCGGUCUGAAAGAGCCAAAUCUGUAUGAAUAAACCUGCUCAUAACAA